GCGCCUGUCGGGGCGGGGCGGGGCGGGGCGGCGGUCUUGAGAGGGCGCGAAAAAAAAAACCCGAGACAAAUAUGUCUUUUUUUUAGUACCGGCUAAGUGACACACAAGCUACACGCGAGUUAAAAUCGCUAAAAGCCGAAGAUGGUGUAUCUGAAGCAGCUGGAAGUGGAAAAUUUCAAGUCGUGGAGGGGGCGACAGGUCAUAGGUCCGUUUAAACGGUUUAACUGUAUCGUAGGGACCAACGGCUCAGGCAAGUCCAACGUGAUGGACGCGCUGUGCUUCGCGCUGGGGGAGAGGGCCGGCUGCCUGCGCGUGAAGCACGCCCGGGAUCUCGUGCACGGCGCCCACAUCGGCGUCCCCGUCCCCGGCGCCGCCGGCGUGGCCGUGACCUUCUGCGAGGUGCCGGGCGAGGAGGAGGAGGAGGAGGAGGAGAAAACGUUCUCGCGCACCAUCACCGGAGACACGUCGGAAUAUCGCAUCAACGGCACGCUCGUCGCCCUCUCGCGGUACACCUCCGAGCUGCAGCGCCUGGGGAUUAUAGUCAAAGCAAGGAACUGCUUUGUGUUUCAGGGGGCUGUGGAGUCCAUAGCCAUGAUGAAACCCAGGGAGCGGACGCAGCUCUUCGAGAGGAUCAGCUCCUCCGCGGACCUGGCGGAGGAGUACGAGGCCAAGAAGAGGGCGACGCAGAAAGCCGAGGAGAACGCUCAGUUCCUCUACAACAGGAAGAAGGUGGUGAGCGUCGAGCAGAAGGAGGCCAAGCUGGAGCAGGUGGAGGCGCAGAAAUACCAGGCGCUGGCGGCUGCCCACGAGCGCGACACGCUGCAGCUGCACCUGUGCCGCCUCUACUACAACGGGAGGAGCGCGGACGGGCUCUCGGCCGCCCUGCGGGAAGGGUGCCCGGGGCAAGAGCCGCCUGCACCCACCGCGAGGCACCGCCGCGGCGUGCCGCGCCACCGACGUCGGCGUCCGGAUCAGUGUUUCCCCGCGGCAAGCUGUCGCAAGGGCGCGGUGGGGGGGAGAGCCUUCGCCCCGGGAGCUCAGCUCCGUCUCCGUCUCUCGCGACAGUUCGGCCGGCUGUUCGACCUCUGCCACCCCAUCCACAAGAAGUACCAGCUGGCCGUGACCAAACUCUUCGGCAAGUACCUGAGCGCCAUCGUGGUGACGACGGAGCGGGUCGCCGUACAUUCUUUUCUUUUCCCCCGGCUCGACGCAGGGCGAGGUGAAAGGCCGCCCCCCAUCAUUCCCUCUUCCUUUCCUCCCGCGCAGGUGAGGCCCCUGAACGAGCGGCUGAGGGAGGUGAAGGGGGCCAAGAUGGCGGUCGACGUGGUGCAGAGCGCCUCGCCGCCGCUGAAGAGGGCGGUGCAGUUCGUCUGCGGGAACGGGCUCGUCUGCGAGACCCUGAAGGAGGCGCGCCAGAUCGCGUUCGGGGGCCCCGAGCGCUUGAAAACCGUCGCCCUCGAUGGGACGCUCUUCCUGAAGUCCGGGGUGAUCUCGGGGGGCUCCAGCGACCUCCGCAGCAGGGCGCGGUGCUGGGACGAGAAGGAGAUGGACGUGCUGAAGGAGCAGCGGGACCGGCUGACGCGUGAGCUGCAGAUUGAAGACGCGGUGUUCCUCGAUUUCUGCAUCGAGAUUGGUGUUGCCAACAUCCGGGAGUACGAGGACGAGCACAUCAAGCAGCAGCAGGAGACUGACAAGAAACGGCUGCAGUUCGAAACCCAGAAAACGCGGCUCGGAACCCAGCUGGACUACGAACUGGAGCAGCUGCAGAAGCAGAGGAAGAAGAUCCAGGAACUGGAGGAGACCAUUGACCAGGAGGAACGCAGGAUUGCCGAGCAGAAGAAAGUGGAAGACGACCUGUUGAGAGCCGUCGACGAGGCCACGGCCGCCCUGCUGGACCUGAAGAACAGGCUGGCGGCUAAGACCGCGGAAGUGAACAGCGCCAAGGAGGAGGCCGAGAGGAGGGUCAAGGGUCUGCAGGAGGUCUCCAGGCAGCUCGGGAGGAUGCAGAAAGAAGUCUUGUCCCUCGAAACCUCUGUGGAGCAGAAGAAGAUGGAGAGACACAACAUCCUGCUCUCCUGCAAGAUCCUGGGGCUGCCGAUCCCCUUCCUGUCGGGGUCCCUGGACGACAUCAGCGAGGUGCAGCUCGACUCGGAGAUGGAGAGCGGGCUGGAAGACGGGAAGGAGAUUCAGGCGCAGCUGGAGAGGCUGGAGCAGGCGGCCCGGGCCCAGGAGGACGUCCUCAAGAGGUCCACCGCUCCCAAUCUGAAGGUGCUGGAGAAGAUGUGCAGGGUGCAGGAGAAGUUCCAGGAAGUCGCCCACGAGUUUGAGGCCAGCAGGAGAGCGGCGAACAAGGCCCGUCUGGAGUUCGAGCAGGUGAAAGCCCGGCGGUACCAACUCUUCAGCCAGUGCUUCGAGCACGUCUGCGUCGCCAUCGAUCAGAUCUACAAAAGGCUGUGUCGCAACACCAGCGCCCAGGCUUUCCUCAGCCCCGAGAACCCCGAGGAGCCCUACCUCGAGGGCAUCAACUACAACUGCGUCUCCCCGGGCAAGCGCUUCAUGCCCAUGGACAACCUGUCGGGGGGAGAGAAGUCCAUCGCUGCCCUGGCCCUGGUCUUCGCUGUCAACAGCUACCGACCUGCUCCCUUCUUUGUCAUGGAUGAAGUUGAUGCUGCUCUGGACAACACCAACAUUGGGAAGGUCACCAGCUACAUCAGAGAGCAGUCCAGGGAGGACUUCCAGAUGAUCGUCAUCUCCCUGAAGGAGGAGUUCUACUCCCAGGCCGACUCCCUGCUGGGGGUGUACCCGGAGUUCGAUGGCGGCAUGUGCAGCCAUAUUCUGAGCCUGGACCUCACCCCCUUUCCACUUACUUAGAGGGAGGAGUAGCCAGCUGACAGGACGUUCUCCGGCCUAGGGCAUGACCUGAUUGCUUUUCGAAAAUGUUCUGUUCUCUCUCAGUGGCAUCUCGCGCCUUUUCUGUUAAAUUUGUUCUGCCCAUAUCUUUCAGCUGGUUGCCUUACGGAGUUCGAACAAACGGGUGUUAAAAAUGGUCCCGCUUGCAUUUUCUUGUUGAACUCGUCUUUGUUCUUGUUUUGUUCCGUUCAGAAACGUAACAUAUUCCUGUGUUUCGACCCGUGUUGUUGUUGUUGUUGUUGUUGUUGUUAAUGAGGUUUUCCACGAGUUCGUUUUCGUUCGGUGUGGGGUGCAAGCAAGUCGUUCUGUUUUGUCUUGGGACACCAAAGUCAGUUCUUCUGUGUCGGCUUUAGUUCCAAAUAUUGUGUUUUCCAGUCCAUUGAUUGAAGGGGUAUUGGGUGGAGAAACUGUAGUCCUGCAGAUAUGUGAACCGGACACAGCAAGGCCUUGGUAUUCUAGUCUGGGUCAUUAAAAAAUAAACUUGUUUGUUUCCCCACUCA